CGGAAGUGGGCGGGGACUGAAACUUUGUUUACUAAUGGGUGAAAGAGCUUUAACCGCCUGCUUUCUCAUACAGCUCCAAAACCAUUCGAAGAGUAUUGUGUGGGCUGUUUGUUUGUUUAUCUGCUGAAACGUGAUGAUGAAGGCUGUUCUGGUGGUGCAUGGCGGCGCGUGGGCCAUACCCGACAUGUUGGCUGAGGCAUCAGUGGAAGGGGUGAAAGCUGCUGCUCAGGCUGGGAGUGUUAUUCUGAAGAGUUGGGGGUGUGCGCUGGAUGCUGUUGAAGUGGCUGUGAGAGUGAUGGAGGAUAAUCCGGUUUUUGAUGCAGGUCACGGUGCUGUGCUGAAUACCGAUGGAGAAGUGGAGCUGGACGCUAUGAUCAUGGAGGGAAAAACACUGGCCGCCGGUGCUGUUUCUUCAGUUAGAAACAUUGCUAACCCUGUUAGCCUUGCCCGUGCUGUAAUGGAAAAGACCGAGCAUGUCAUGUUGACCGGCCAAGGAGCGAACCUGUUUGCAGAGAGCAUCGGUGUUCCUUCUGUACCAACACAGGCUUUGGUGACUGAACAGGAGAGGAAAGAGUGGCAGCACUACAAGGAGUACAGUGUUGGUGUCAAAGAGCUUUUUAACUCACAGCGUGACCAUGACACUGUUGGAGCAGUGGCUCUGGAUGCAUUUGGGAAUGUUGCCUGUGCAACUUCGACAGGAGGAAUCAGGAACAAAAUGGUGGGAAGAGUUGGAGAUUCUCCUUUCAUUGGAUCAGGAGGAUAUGCAGACAAUAAGAGUGGCGCUGUGUCCUGCACUGGCCACGGCGAGUCUAUUCUGAAAGUCACCUUGGCCAGGCUAAUCCUCUUUCACAUGGAACAAGGGAAGUCAGCGUGUGAAGCAGCUGAUUGCUCUCUGCAGUAUAUGGCUGAGCGUGUUCAGGGGGGUGGAGGAGCUGUAGUCGUGUCUCCCACCGGGGACUGGAGUGCGAUGUUUACCACAGAGCGCAUGGCCUGGGCCGCCUUCAAGAGAGAACGUCUUUACUACGGUUUAAACCCGAAAGAAAUGUUUGAGGAAACAUUAAAUUGUUAACGCAUUUGUUGCAUUUUUUUUGUUCAACUCAGUUUUAUGCGAUCGUAAAAUACAAGAAUUAAAAAUUCAUUUUCUCAGGGGAGAAAAUAAACAGUUUGGACUUGCUAACAUAGGUCUGAAUUUAGCUUUGAACUUUAAAUAUUAAGAAUAUGAGCCCCUCUGUGUCACAGGAGUUGUCAUUCAGCAAGGCUGUAAUAGAGCCGUAUUUACAAACAUACACAAUAUUAUCAAUAUCAUCCACAAUCUUGGACCUUCGUAUCUUCUCGAUCUUCUCCAUACUCCAACACCAACUCGCACUCUUAGAUCCUCCUCUUCCACUCAUUUCAUUGUUCCCUCUGUCCGUCUUGUAACUAUGGGGAAUAGAGCUUUCAGUUACUCUGCAUCUCAGCUCUGAAACUCACUUCUAUCUGAACUCCAUAAUAUUGAUUCUCUUUCAUUAUUUUAAUCUCAACUCAAAACUCAUCUGUUAAAUUUAGCUUAUUCUACACCAUAAUCUGUACUACUGGUCCAACUUGUAUCGCUAUAUCACUAUCUGAUCUUAAUUGUUUUUGUUAUUUUUUUGUUUUUGUACGGUGACCUUGAGUGUUCAGAAAGGCGCCGUUAAAUAAAAUUUAUUAUUAUUAUUAUUAUUAAUAA